CCGGGGCGCCGCCGCCGGGCUGGGCCUGGGGUCGGGGCCGAGGAGGGGCGGCGCGCCGAGGCGGCGGGCGGGGCCGGGCAGCGGCGCGGCCGGGCGGUGGCGGCCUGCGCCCCGGCGCCCCCCGGGGACCCGAAGCCGACACACAGCCGGCGCGCAUGGGACUCGCGCUCGCCGAGUUUCGGCUUCCGCGGGGGCUGCGUCCGGUUCUCGGCGGAGGGAGAAGGCCCCGCGGCCUAAGCGGCCGAGUCCGCACCGAUCCCCGGCGUGGCCCGGAGCCCCCCCCCCCGCAGCCCACGGCGCACAGCCCUCCGGAUAGCCUGGUAAAAAUGACAGAUCUUGUAGCCGUUUGGGAUGUUGCUUUGAGUGAUGGAGUCCAUAGGAUUGAAUUUGAACAUGGGACCACAUCCGGAAAACGAGUGGUAUAUGUAGAUGGGAAGGAAGAGAUAAGAAAAGAAUGGAUGUUCAAAUUAGUGGGCAAAGAAACCUUCUGUGUUGGAGCUGCAAAGACAAAAGCAACCAUAAAUAUAGAUGCUGUCAGUGGUUUUGCUUAUGAAUAUACUCUGGAAAUUAAUGGGAAAAGUCUUAAGAAGUAUAUGGAGAACAGAUCAAAAACCACCAAUACUUGGGUAUUACAUUUGGAUGGUGAAGACUUGAGAGUUGUGUUGGAAAAAGACACUAUGGAUGUAUGGUGCAAUGGUAAAAAAAUGGAGACAGCAGGUGAGUUUGUAGAUGAUGGGACUGAAACUCACUUCAGUGUUGGGAACCACGACUGUUACAUAAAGGCUGUCAGUAGUGGAAAGCGGAGAGAAGGAAUUAUUCAUACUCUCAUUGUGGAUAACAGGGAAAUCCCAGAGAUUCUUGAAUGACUUCAUGUUCAUGAACAUUAAUCUUAAGAAGUAACAAUCAGGACUUUUACAUUACUGUGGUAAUUAAAUAUGUUCAAUAUGUACUUCUCAGUACAUUUAAUCUGCCAUGUUUUUAUUUUUUUAGUUACUUGAAACUGUAAUGUUCUAAGAGUCAGGGAAAAAUAUUAUAUACAAUUAAAAAGACCUGCAAUUUAUUUUGUAAAUAAUGUAAAAAUGUUUCAAAGCCAAAUGGAAAAUAAGGACCAAAAUCACUAAUGUUUUACAAAAGGACCUUUUACUAUAAUAAACAUUAUAAAAUAAAA